GGAAAAUGAAAAGUGAGCCAAAGCGCGGGAGUAUUGAAGAACACUUCCCGCCAACACAACCCCUAAACAACUUGAAAGUUGAAACCCUUUGCAAUUUGCAAUCCCCAUUUUCAUCUUCCCCACCCUUUUCCCUUCAAUCUAUCUUCUUCUUCGCAAUUUCUGAUCCUUUUUGAUGACCUGCUUACUCCCAAUUCAACAAUAUCGACCCAAUUCUCCCCGAAGUAAACUUUAAUACAGUAGUGAUUUUGCCUCAUUCGGAAAACCCUAAUUUGCAGAGGUCGGAAAAUUAUUUAACAAUGAACACAGAAGGUUUGUCUAUAAUCUGUAGCGGUCUCGGUUCAAUCGAGGAGACAGAGGGAGCUAAUUAUUACUCCAAAGAUGAGUACUGUUUAGAUAAUUUGAAGGAUUUGUUGAGGUUUUUGCGGCGUGACGACCCAUCAACUCGGGAUGUGUUCAAACAAGUGUGUAAAUGGGACAUUGUAUCGAAGAAUUUGAUACCCAUUAUUGAGCAUUGCCAAGAUGAUCGCAAUUUGACGUUAAAUGCAGUGAAGGUACUGGUGUUUCUUACUAUGCCUUUGGAGGCUGCUUCAAAGGAUUUCAAUGAACAGCUUGAAUACCUUUGGGGUAUUAAAUUUGCUAUCACUAUCAGUGAUGUGGUUGCUGUUAUCGUCUCGUUAUUGGAGAAGCCACUUGAAAAUUUAGAAUGUAAGACAUUUUCAGAAGAUGACUGGAAGCUGGUCCAACUGGUUCUGACUUUAUUCCGGAAUAUUCUAGCUGUGCAAGACAUAUCAGCACAUCAAAAGGCGUCGGGUUCUGCAAGUUUAUAUUUAUCCUUACGAGAUGACUUUCUUGACCGGUUGUUCAGAGAAAAUGUUAUGGACUUGAUUAUAAUUAUAACUCAGCAUGUUGGUGGUUCUUGUCGAUAUCUUCGGCAUGAUAACUUGCUCUUGUUAGAAAUAUAUCACCACGUAAUUACAGGCCAGGAUGCUGAAUUGAUUGCUAAAAUAUGCCAGGAGAAAUCAAAGGUGGAUGGAGAAGCCAAACCUUGUCUUGAAAGUCUCAAAUGUAUCAUGGAAGAGGAAACAUCAAAGAGAAAACUUACCAGACUGCAUGCUAGUCGGCACUCAAAGUUCAGUGGAACCUUUACAAGACUUACCUUGGAUGGUUCUAAAACAAUGUGCAAGGGGAGGCCUAGUUCUGCGUCUUGUGACAAUAAACUGCUAAAACCAGAGAAACUCCACCGCGGUCCAUCAAAAAGGAUCGUGAAAGAUUAUGCUCGACUACCCACCACAAAACGAAGCAUUUUGGAGAGCUUACAUGAAUUUCUAAAACAGUUUCUAACUGGGGGUUACAAUGUUCUGAUGCAAUCCAUUGCCCAUGAUAUUGAGAAGGAGCAUCAUGCGAUACAGACCAAUGAUGUGCUGAUGUUUUUUCACCUUGCCCAGUUUGUUACAUGUUUUCAGCAUCACAUUUCCCAGUUGACAAAGUCAAAUGCAGAUGUCAACAACAAUUCUUCCGUCAGUGAUGAUGAUGAUGGUGAUGAUAGCACAUGGUUUAAAGGUGACAUAUGUGGCCCCGUUGCAGCAACCAUGAAUGAUUCAAUGUUUGUAGUGGUAAUAGCAAAGUGGCAAUUGGCUUUUGAAGGCCUGAAGGAAACAAAGAACAAUGCAUUUCUGUCAAUAUGCGGAUCCCUCAUAAAAACUAUGAUCCAGAUGUUGGAUUUGGUGCUGAAGACAAUGCCUGAAAAAUCCAGGGAACCACAAACUGCUCGUAUUAUACUUUACAAGUUAUUUUAUGAUCAAACUGAUCAAGGGUUGACCCAGUUUCUUUUGAAUAUGGUCCGAUCAUUUGACGCUCAUAAACAACCUAAAAGUGAUCUUGCAGAUUUAGUGGAGAUAAUGCAUGUAGUUAUAAGGCUAAUGGAGAAGCUGCAAGCACAUGGCGCAUUAAGGGUUGCCAAAAAGUCCAGGAGAAGAAAAAAGGAUAAGAAAAAUACAGAAAACAAAACUGUUGGAGAUGAUGCCACUGGGCUGAAUGGAAUCCAGCCCUCUAGUAAUGAUGACCUUCCUCCUAACACUGGAAAUUGUGAUAAAGAAAGGUCAACUCAGAGAGACUGCGACGAGAAAGAAGAAACUAUCAAUGGCCACAGUCAAGUUUAUGAGACUAAAUUGUCAAGCGAUGAGAGGCAAAACUCAGGUGGCAGUCUCCCAGUGGCUGACCACGGAGAAUCUGAUCAAAUUCUUGAUCCAAUAGGUGAUGGAGAAUCAAAUCAAAUGCAUGAACCCCUGGGUGAUAAUGACGAAUCUAAUCAAAUUAAUGACGACUUUGUCGUCAUGGGAGCAGAUGAUUGUGAUUCCUCUGCAGAUGAACAACUUCCUGCAACAAAUGAAGUUGAUUUUAAUAUGACACCAUUGCUACUUUCAUUGGCAACUAGUACCAUCAUUAGUAACCUCUGUUGGUUACUCAAGUUUUACAAGAGCAAUUCUACUGCUACAAACCACUACGUUUUAUGCUUGCUCAGGAGAAUUUCAGAUGAUUUGGAUCUUGCUCCCAUGCUGUAUCAGCUGUCCUGCCUUGCCAUAUUCUAUGAUAUCCUAGACGAGCAGAAGACAAGCCCACGUAAAGAGUGUGAGAAUAUUGUCGAGUUUCUGACUAGUCUUGUAAGGAGAAUGCUGAGGAAAAUGAGGGAUCAACCCCUUCUCUUCGUGGAUUUGUUAUUUUGGAAGACACGGAAAGAUUGCCAUUACAUCAAUGUUGAAUCUAUCCAACGUGAAGUUGGUGAAAUGAAGAAAGAAGUUAAGAACUGGGGUCAUGUUGAUGAAACUGGUCCAUCACAAGGCAAGGAAUACACUAAUAAGAAGAGCUUAGCAGAUGCACUUGGAGAUGAUGAAUACGAUGUUAGCAUCCCCAACCAAUCUCAUCUCGAGAAGGAUGAAGAUUCUGAUGAAGCUGCAGGAGAGGACUUUCACAGCUAUGGUCGUGAAGAUAAUAUCAUAAUAGAGGAUACUUUGGACAAUGAUCCCCAAGGGGUCAAAAAAAAGAAGAGAAGGCUGGUGCUCAGUGAUAAGCUGGAGGAAGAGAUAAGGGGUCUUCAUGAGAAGUACAAGGACAACUUAAACUGUAAUCAGCUCAUUGCAGAAGCUCUUGAUCCUGAUGGAAAUAUCUCUCCAGCUCAAGUAUCCCGCAAAUGUAAAAAACUUGGUUUACAACUUCCUUCAAAAAGGAGCAGCAACAUGGCUCAUUUAUCUAAUGAUAACGAUCAAGAUAAGGAGGGUAGAUCUGAAAUCGACAUCAGUCUUCAAGACUUGAAUCAUGCAGACGGACCCUCUUAUCUAGGGCGGCCAACGCAAGCCAGGAAGAGGGUUCGUGCCAUGGAUGAAAAGCAGGAACUGAAAAUUAGAAGUUUAUUUGAACAAUUCAAAGAUCAUAAGAGGUGCAGCCAUAUGAUUGCAAAAGAACUCGACCCAGAUGGAGUAGUGACGGCUGCUCAAGUCUCCCGUAAACUCAAGAAACUUGGUCUGCGCACUUCCCGAAUGAAAAGUGAAGUAAACAAGGAAAAGAUGGACGAGGCUUCUACGGACGGGGAUGAUGAUUCAGACAACCUAACUCUGUCAGCGGUUAGGAAAAGGAGCAAAAACAAGUUGGAUGCUUCAUCUGACAAGGAGUUGGGCAGUUCAAAGCAUGAUGAUCAAUCACCAGGGUCUAAUUCAGAUGAUGAACUACCACUUGGCUCCAUUUUAAAGAAAGUGAAAAGAGUUCGGACAGAGCCAGAAGACAAGUGUGUAGAUGCUUCAACUAAUCAGGAGGAUAAUGCUGGAGAAGAUUCUAGCAAUCAAAUUGCUCAAACUUUGGCUGAAAGGAAUGAAAUUAGGGAAGCUAUGGAUGUAAAUGUUGAUGUUCAAAAGCUUAACACCCCUCAUAGAAGUUCAGCACAUGAAGCUGCCAAGUCAGGCGAUUUGGGCGAGGGAGGUAAUCAGCAGAAGAAUGACGAGUUGUUUGAAUCAGUAAAUGGUGCUUCAAAUCGUGGUAGUCCGAGCAACAGUCAGGAAAUUGAUGCUACUCCUGACACCAGAUUGUAUAAGAGGGGUUUUAGGCAGGAUGAUGAUGUUGAUAGUGUCCAAAAUGUGCUUAAAUAUAGUGAAUUGGAAGAUUCAGGUGAUGAUGAACAAGCGUUUAGUGUAUCACCAGAGAGUUCUUUAAAGAGAAGGAAGCACAGAAUAGUGAUGGAUUUUGAUGAUGAUGAUGAUGAUGAUGAGUAGGGUUCUAUCCAAAACUUACUAUGUUUGUAAAUUUGGCAUUAAUUGACGAAAACUGAUAGUUGUAACUUGUAAAUGUAAGUGUAGUAAGAUGUUUAUUCUUUAUUGAAUGAACCCUCUAUCAGAAGAAUAUUCGAGGGAUUUUCACCUCGUCUAGAAAAAUGUAUACAAAGUAGCAGUUUUCGGAAUUGUGUUAUGAACCCGCCAUUGAGUAA